AUGCUGGAUGGCCCGUUAUUCUCCGAGGGGCCCGACAGCCCCCGGGAGCUCCAGGAUGAGGAGUCUGGCAGCUGCCUCUGGGUGCAGAAGUCCAAGCUGUUGGUGAUUGAAGUGAAGACUAUUUCCUGUCAUUAUAGUCGUCGCGCUCCUUCUCGACAGUCCAUGGACAUCCAGGCCAGCUACUGGGCCCGUGGGCCCCAGAGCCGCACGUGUAGGCUGCGCCCGGGAUCCCCUGAGCCGCCACCCCGCCGACCCUGGGCCUCCAGGGUGCUGCAGGAGGCGACCAACUGGCGGGCGGGGCCCCCCGCAGAGGUCCGAGCCCGGGAACAAGAGAAAAGAAAGGCGGCGUCGCAGGAGCGGGAGGCCAAGGAGACCGAGAGAAAAAGGCGCAAGGCUGGUGGGGCCCGACGGAGUCCCCUAGGUCAGCCCCGCCCAGAGCCCCGAAACGCCCUUCGGGCGGCCCAACCUACAGGGUUUCCAGUUUUCUCCAGACCAGAGCGCUUCGGGCAGGUGGGGCGAGCGCCCCGACCAUCCGCGCUCCCGCAGGGUGACCCAGGGGUGGCAUGGGCGGGGCCAUGGGGAGGCAGGAGGCCAGGGCCCCCUAGCUACGAGGCUCACCUGCUGCUGAGAGGUGCUGCAGGCACAGCCCCAAGACGCCGCUGGGACCGGCCGCCACCCUAUGUGGCUCCACCUUCUUAUGAAGGUCCCCACAGGACCCUGGGGACUAAGCGAGGCCCAGAGCUCUCCCGGGCGCCCACCUCACCAGCCCCAGUUCCAGCCACCACCAGGACAGAGGGAGGGCGCACGAAGAAGAGGCUGGAUCCUCGAAUCUACCGGGAUGUUCUAGGAGCUUGGGGUCUCAGACAGGGACGGGGACUCUUAGGAGGAGCUCCAGGCUGUGCGGCAGCCAGAGCUAGGCCAGAGUCUUGCAAAGGGGCCAUAGAGAAAAGCUCAGGCCUAGCUGCUGCCAACAGUGGUGGCAAUGGUCAUUCCCAAGCUAAAACUACUGGCAGUCCAGGCACGGAGGGAGCUCUCUCUGGGUCCACGAGCAGCAGCCCCCCACGUCCCGUUCCCAGGUCCAGGCAGCACCUCAGGGGGUCAAGAAAAGGGGAAGAAGGAAAUGAGCAGAUCUGGGUUCCCACGUGUUGGCUUUCCUCCCCUAAAAAGCCUCCUGUCAGGCAUAGCCAGACUCUCCCCAGACCCUGGGCUCCUGGAGGCACCGGGUGGAAAGAGUUCCUGGGUCAAAGAGAGGGGACAGAACAUGAGACCCUGGAAGUUUGGAAGGUGAUCCGCCGUGCCCACACCCUGCCCCGCACUUCCCGAGGUCCCGCUGGUAGAGAAGGCAUCUUUGUCAUUGACGCCACAUGCGUGGUGAUAAAGUCCCAGUACGUUCCGACCCCUCGAACCCAGCAGAUGCAGCUCGUGCCCUCUGGGGAGUCAUGCAUUGUGAGCGACAGCCUCAGGCAACCCAAGCCCUGCCAGGAGGAGGAGGGCGAGGGGGCCGCUGCCAAGCCUUCAGUUUGCCAAAAACAACUGUUGAGCAGUCGAGUCUUAAACCAACCGAGAGAGGGUCGCGAGUUCGAGGCUGAGGGCGGGCGGCAGGGGGAUUCUUCAUUGGAGGAGCGCUCCUCCAGUGGUUUGGGGUUCCCUGUUGGCGAAGCGAACCUGCAAGACGCUCACACGCAGCCAGGUAGCCCAGAGCACCCGACCUUAGGCCCAGCGGCUCCGGGAUGCGCGGGCAGCGUGAAGGGUUCAGAAGCAGCUGGGGUCCCGCGGCGCGCGGGCGGGGGCUGGGCGCGGACUCCAGGGCCCUACGCCGGGGCGUUGCGGGAAGCCGUGUCCCGCAUCCGCCGCCACACCGCCCCAGAUUCGGACUCAGACGAAGCCGAGGAUCUCAGCGUCCAUAGUGGCUCCUCUGACGGAAGCGACACAGACGCCCCAGGCGCCUCCUGGCGGAAUGAGAGGACCCUGCCUGCGCUUGGGAACACCCGGCCUAGGGAAGGCGGGAAGACAGCCGAGAUGAGCGACAGUAUCCGGGAGAUUCUAGAUGUCAUCGGUCAAACCGAGGAAGGCCUCGUCCGAGAGGACACCAGGAAAACGCCACAGGGGAAUAGAGAGAGGGAGUGAGCGAUGCCCCUGUUUGUUCUCGUGUCGCUCAGCCCAUCCUUGGGCUCGCCGCGCUCCCUUUCUCUCUCCGGGCUUCGUUUGCUUCCU